GACUACGGCCUGACUCGUCCUCAAGGGGGCAGUGCCCAGCGAGCGGGCGAUUUCCCGGACCCGCCCCCCACGGUUCUCGAAAGCUAAAGCGUGGCAGGGGCUGGGCCGGGGAAGCGGAGGAGGCGGGUCUCCAUAGAAACCUCCACCUGUUUCCGGCCAGGCUGCGAGAGAUUAGGGGCUGCUGCGGGGGCCAAUCUCAGCCAGCUCGCCUUUUCCCGGCGGCCUCUGCGGGAGCGGUGGGUGUUGUACACAAUCAUCAUGGCGGCGGCCGGAGCCCCGGAUGGCAUGGAGGAGCCUGGCAUGGAUACCGAGGCCGAGACCGUGGCGCCCGAGGCGCCCGCACGGCCCCUCAACUGCGUAGAGGCCGAAGCCGCGGCGGGGGCGGCGGCCGAGGACUCUUGCGCUGCUCCAGGCAGCCUGCAGCCGGCCCCGGCCCAGCCCCCUGGGGACUCUGCGGCCCAGGCGUCGGUCAGCAACGGCGAGGACGCGGGCGGCGGCGCGGGCAGGGAGCUGGUGGACCUGAAGAUCAUCUGGAACAAGACUAAACACGACGUGAAGUUCCCCCUGGACAGCACAGGCUCCGAGCUAAAACAGAAGAUUCAUUCGAUUACAGGUCUCCCGCCUGCCAUGCAGAAAGUCAUGUAUAAGGGACUUGUCCCUGAGGAUAAGACGUUGAGAGAAAUCAAAGUGACCAGCGGGGCCAAGAUCAUGGUGGUAGGCUCCACGAUAAAUGAUGUUUUAGCAGUCAACACGCCCAAAGAUGCUGCCCAGCAGGACGCGAAAGCCGAAGAGAACAAGAAGGAGCCUCUCUGCAGGCAGAAACAACACAGGAAAGUGUUGGAUAAAGGAAAACCCGAAGAUGUGAUGCCUUCUGUUAAGGGUGCCCAGGAGCGCCUGCCAAACAUGCCCUUAUCCGGUAUGUACAACAAGUCCGGAGGGAAAGUGAGACUCACCUUUAAGCUAGAACAAGACCAGCUGUGGAUCGGCACUAAAGAGCGGACUGAGAAGUUGCCCAUGGGCUCCAUCAAGAAUGUGGUCAGCGAGCCUAUCGAAGGACACGAAGACUAUCACAUGAUGGCGUUUCAGUUGGGCCCCACGGAAGCCUCUUACUACUGGGUGUACUGGGUUCCAACUCAAUAUGUGGAUGCAAUCAAAGACACUGUGCUGGGGAAAUGGCAGUAUUUUUGAAAGCACUUUCACCUCUGGCCCAGGAGACUGACCCAAAGUGAAGGACAUUGCUGGGAGAGGCCUGCAGCAUCCCUGGAUUUCAGAGUUCUGGAACUUUGUUCAAAAAACAAAACAAAACAAAACAAAUAUCUAUAUCCAAUCUAAGGUGAUGUGGUGACUGAAGCCAGAGGUGAUGUACUUUCACCAUUAGCUUAAUUUUAACUUAAAUCACCGGUUCCCUUUCUUGCAGUCAGCUUCAUACCAUUUUUAAAGUCAACAGUGGAAAUCAAUAAAUCUGAAUUCUGAACAUGUUGUGUGGAAUACUCUUAAGUGUGUUUGAGAGUAGAUCUGCCAAUUUUGUUUAGAAAGGAGUGGUCAAAAGCUUUCUUGUUUCUUUUUCUAUUUUCUAAAAGUGAUUUCACUGGAAAUAUUUUCAUACAUCUUUUUGGUUGCAAACAUUUGGACUGCAUUAUGAUGAGUUGGGCUGUUUGUGUUUUUUCUUUUUCAUAUGAAAUUGUAUGCAAAUUGUUGGGGGGGGCGGUUAGUAAGCCAUAUUUCUCUGUCCCAUUGAUUCAGAAUGAAUUCUUCCCCUUUUUAUUUUCUCACUUCCUAGAUUGGAGUUUGUGUUUUAAAAACCCAAAGAUGUCAGUUCCUCUUUGGUACCUCAUCACCGCUUCCUUCCCCGGCCUCCGUCCCGCCGCGCUGCUGCUGCUGCUGCUGCUGCUGCUCUCGUGAACGCGCAGUGGGAGCAGAAGAGCUGGGUCCGGUCGGGGGCGCUCACAGCCGGCUGUGGUGUUUGUUGAGUCGAGGCGUGUGUUGCGGUGACCCCGGUCUAAACAUCUUGCCCUCUGGGCCCCCGAUCCCUGGGGAGUUCCGCCUCUGCUUUGCACCGCUGUCCCCCGGGGCCCGGGUGCUCCAGAGCCACAGCUCCCAGGCCGACAGGCCUCUGCGAGGAGCCAGGUGGAAGCUGGUUCUACAGCCGCAGAGGCCCAGAUCCAGAUCCUUCUUUCUUUAGGCGUUUCGAGACCUUCUCAAGCAGUCCAGUGUUUCUGGCGAUGCUGCUUCUCCAUUUGGUCCUUCUGCUCAUGCAUUACGUUCAAGUGUCCUUCAUCCCGGGUUCAGCAAUGCUGCCUUUCUCUAGAAGACCACCUCUGACCCAGUGGGUUGGCCGAUGUAUUGAAACAUCCACAAUGGGAUAAAUGGCUUUCGUGAUGAGCGCGCCCUCUCCUGGUUUGAGCCCUUCAUGUUCUUUGUGCCCGUGAGCUUCUCUUGUCUGCCGAUGGCUUGGUUGACCCUGGAACGAGGGAGAGUCUCUCUUGGUGAAUGACCCCCUCUUGUGCUGUUCGCUGUUGCUCUGCUGCUGUCUUUGCCCUUCUCCUCCGACGGGUGCAGGCCCUCAUCCUAAGGUUUGGCGAGAGCUGUUCCAAACUUGACAUUGUGGAGUCUUGGCUGUUUCCCCCCCACCCCACCCCACCCCCGCCCCAUCCUGUGAAAUGUAUUAGCAUGUGUUCGCCUAUGAUGACUAUUCCUUGUGAGCCAGUUUAUGGUGAUACUCUGUGCCCUUCCUUCCAAGCCGUAGUUCAGGAAUCCAGCCCAUCCAGGCAGGCUGUCGCUUUUCAUGGUGUGUUCCAUGCCCAAGGUGACGCAUCCUGGGCAGGAAAAUCUACUCUUGCUUUCUCGGGGGGCGUGAGUGUGUCCGGGAAGUGUCGCGUCCAGGAAACCAUCUGACUUUCAUCCCUUGUGGAAGGAGCAGGGAGUCUUAACGUUGCCGUCCUCGUUGGCCCGCGGUUCCUGGAGCAGAGGGCGCUUGCUGCGGUCCCGGAGCAAACAGAGCAUCCUCUCGGUUUGAUUCCUGUCGUCUUCUCUCGGCCAGCAGCCCUGUCCUGGAGACUUGUCCUGGCAGCGCCACGCGCCCCCUUUUUGUCCUCUCGAAGCGGGCAUCUCUGUCCCCAGGCUGGCUGCGCAGGGCUGCUCUCCGCGGUCCUUCCCGCCAGGUCUCCUCACCUGCCCCGGGUGCGCGGUGGCCCGUGCCCGCUGAUGCCGCCCCUUCCUCCCAGUGACAAUUGUGUAUCCCGUCCCGUCGUCCCCCUGCUCCCUGAGGGCCAAACGGCAUCUCACUCAGGCUGGUGUCAUUUCAAGACAGGACCAAAGCCUGUGUGAGCCUUUUUAUUUUAAGCAAAAUGGUGCUUCUUUUCCGUACUUGGAGAUAUUAUGUAUAAAUAGUGUAAAUGACAUCUUUUCGUAUGGGCCUGUUUGAGUAUUGCUUUACAGAGCUCCCUAAAUCUGCUGGAACAAUCUUGGGCUCUGGCUCCUGACUCUGCGUGGAGACCUUGCUGGAAGCCCUCAGAGAGCAGCGGGGGACAAGCAGAGGAAGCCACUGGGACAAGGGUUUGAUUUAGAGCCAGGUCUGGAUCACGCAGUAUUCGCCAGUUUGUCACUACCAUGAGUGGUCUCUUCACAGUUCUUCUACGGUCCAGAAUGUCCUGACGCAGUCUGUGUUAGCAAAUUGAAAUGCCCUCUCCCCUUCGGUAGCAUCCCAGUGUCCAUUUUUCUCUGGGGAUUAUUUCUGUGCAGAGCCCUUGCCACGGGAGGGGGUCUUUCCCUGAGCCCGAGGGGUUGCAGGUGGAUGGAGGAGGAGCUGCCUCCAAGAGGGGGCCCUGCGGUCUGGGCGUGGCCAGGGCCUGCCCCCUUCCUGCUUUCUCCCUUGGAACUUGUGCUGGUGGUCCUCCGGCAGGUCCUGGCUUGAAGCCAUCCUGCCCUCCUUGCCCUCCCUGAGGCCACUUGGCAGAAUAGUAACCAUGUAAUCCCUGCUGGGCCCGGCGCCACUCAUCCCUGUGUUGCUCAGUCUGGUCCUGCUGGAAGAGGCUUGCUUGAACUCUUUGGUAUUAAGGAUUUUAAUCGGCAGCAGGCCUUUGGCAGGUGGCAUCAGCUCUUUUGAAA